AUUUUGCCAACAGUCUAACUUCAAAUAGUAGGAGCUGAGAGCAGUCCUUGUGGAAGACAACAGCGGAGAAUUCCAGUGUUGUAGGCGGUGUGUUGGAUCGCCUAUCAUACAGAAUGAGUCUGGAGGCUUUAAAUGACGAAAACGUAAUCUACGAUCUGGCUGCCGAGUCUCGUGACUUCCUGUUCUCUCCCACCCAGCCCACCGGGAGACCUUCUAUCCUCCGUCCUUCGCAGAAAGAGAACUUACUCGUGAAAGAUGCCAUUAAAAGCAACAAGGUCACUUUUCAGACCCCAAUGAGGGAUCCGCAGACGCGCAAGAUCGUGACUCCCUGCGUUGCGAUGAAACCGGGGAACCUUACACUGGAGGAAUGUACCCAAGCGCUGGAGCAGCUCCAUCUCUCCAUGUGCGACACCAGCUGCCUACAGCCUGAAGAACUGGGAAACCCAAGUAUGGAUUGCACUAAUGGUCAGCCAUCCUCAAUAACGGAUGACAUACCUAUUAAAGGUGCUGGCGCUUAUAACAUAGAUUUUGACAAGCUGGAGGACAUGAACCCGUUUCAGAGCACUAACAAGAUGCAGAACUCGCCUAUAAAAUCCGAAUGCGGUGCUGUGACAGACGUGCCGUGUAUUACUGAAUCCUCUGCUCUGUUGGAAGAUACUGUGCCUGAUGCGGCUGCCAGCCACGCAUGUACCUCUGAUGCACUUGUGAGUAUUCCCCCGGAGCACCUGGACUCUCCUAUAGUUAUAGUCCGUUCAGGGAACGACAGCUUGAAUACAUCCGUGAAAGCUACCUCUCUAGAAGACACCAUUCCAUUCACCGAGGCAUCUGAUGAAACUCCCACCUCUAUAUCAAAUGAUGAAGCUACUAAGGAGAUCAUUGAGACCUUGGACAAGGAUGUAUGUCUGGUCCAAGACGACAUGGCUCUAAAGUCCACCGAUGAGAUGAAUACCGAUUCUACAACCAACGAAUCUCAAAAUCCUCCAACUGUUCCCAAAGCCUCCUACAAGUUUGACCCAGACCAAGUUGAUCCAUUUAAUACUGGGGGUUCUAAACUGCAAAACUCACCAGUAAAACCUCCCCCCAAUGACACCGAUGGGGAUAAAGCUGGACCUGUGAAGCUGGAGUUUAAUUUUGGUGACUGCGAGCCUCCUAGAAAACCACCUCCUAAGAAGCUUGGCAAGCGACCUCUUCUGAAAUCUGCUGCCAAGAAACCCGCUGCAAAGCAAGAAACUGCUGAUGAAAAACCAAAAGAGAAAGUGGCUGAGCAACCACCUGAAGAGGAGGUCAUUGUUCCAAAAGCAUCUUAUAACUUUGACUGGGAUAAGUUUGAUGAUCCCAGUUUUAACCCUUUUGGAUGUGGAGGUGCCAAAAUAUCUAGCUCCCCUAAGAUCCAGAAGGCUGAAGAUGAGAAACCUGCCAAGAAGCAGAGUCCUCUCACCGUAGAAUCCACCGCUGCCAUUGAGGUGGAAAGCAGCAACCAAGUAACUGAUGAAAUCACUGUAAAUGCAGUCAAUGAAAAGGCGACCGUUCUGGAUCAUCCAGCCGUUGGCGUUGACUCCAUGGUUUCUACUAAUGAGCUUACAGAGAUCACAAGUGAAAUGAAAGUGGACGAUACUGUAACAAAUCCAAUAAGCGAUGACAAGGCUGAUCUAAUCUGCGAUGAAAAAUUGGCUCAGAGUGAAUUGGCUUUAGCGGCGACCUCCGGCGACGGGGCUUCGGAGUUCAGCAGAGACACCGGAUUACUGGACGCAGAAUUCCAGCCUAGCUCGCAAGCGGAUUUUAUGAUGGCGGGAGAGAUGGACUUUAAACCUGCCACAGAGUUUUUUCCUACUGCCGAAGGACUUAAUCCGACAAUAGAAGUUGAUUAUCUUGAAAACUUUGGCUCUUCUCAGUUCAAGGAGUCGGCUCUCAGAAAACAGUCCCUGUACCUGAAAUUUGACCCUCUGUUAAGGGAAUCUCCAAAGAAGACCCUUCCGGCAGAUGCCGAGCCUCAAAACGUACCCAUGAAAAGCAGUUCAGAGCUUUUUGGCGUGGUGUCCGAUGCAGCAUACCCUAUUAUUCCGUGUCUUGAAACUGAAGAGAAACCCAAAGGGCUGGAUCUCCUAGGAACGUUUACCGUGUCCGACCCUUUGAGAUCAGAUCCUCCGACGGGUCUAUCCCCUUCAGAUCCUUAUAACUUAAUCUCUGAUGUGGGUUCCAUUGUUGAAGUUCUGAAAUACAGCCAAAAGGAUAUGGAUGCAGCUAUAGAAAAGGUACACUUAGAGGUUCAAGAUAAGGAGCUGGAGGUUAAUGAAUGGAAACAUAAACAUGAGAAACUCUACCUGGAGUAUGUGGAGAUGGGGAAAAUAGUUUCAGAAUUUGAAAGCACAAUCACACAGCUGCUGGAGGAUUCCCAGAGGCAAAAAGAAUUGUCAAAACUAGAACUACAUAAAGUCCUGGAAGAAAAACAGCAAGUCCAGAUAGACCUAAAUUCUAUGGAAAAGUCUUUUUCUGAACUAUUCAAAAGAUUUGAGAAGCAGAAAGAUGUGCUGGAAGGGUACAGAAAGAAUGAAGAGGCGCUGAAGAAAUGUGUUGAGGAUUAUCUUGCAAGGAUUAAGAAGGAAGAACAGCGUUAUCAAGCUCUGAAAGCACAUGCAGAGGAAAAACUAAAUAGAGCCAAUGAAGAAAUUGCUUCAGUGCGAAAUAAAGUAAAGAAUGAAACUGCCGUUCUACACGCCACCCUGCGCAAAGAACAGAUGAAAAUUCAAUCGCUGGAGCGUGCCCUUGAACAGAAGUGUAAAGAAAAUGAUGAAUUGACAAAAAUAUGCGAUGACCUGAUUUUGAAGAUGGAGAAGAUCUAGCCUGCCAGCACAAGUUUCACUUUGUAUAUUAGUUUUUAUUGUCUUUUUUCCUUCUUUGUUUGUCUUAUUAUAUGUGUUAAAACUAAUAAAUAGUACUAUAAUUUA